AAUUCAUUUAGAGCGAUGCAAAAGUUAACCAUUAUCAUCUGGGCGGCUAUCUUUCUGUGUAUCUUUUCACGGACUCAUGGUUUUUGCUUCUUGUUACAAAACCGGAACACUCUAGGAAAGAUCGCAGUCACGUGCAGGUUACCAAGGACGCUGUUCCUUCUCGGAGAAACCAAACGACUGAAGCACGACGCGUGCGCCAUGUGCACGUGCAAGAGAAACGGGUUGUACUGUUGUAGCACGCGGGGUCCGCUCCCACGCAAUGUGCCUGCUGAAUGUAAAGUGGUGCCGGCCCCAAACUGUGACUACAACGUGGUGAAAACUAAAGACGAAAGCAAGGAUUGUUAUACUGGGCGUCUUUUAGUGACGAAAUAUCGACAUUUCUAGCUCUAACAAUGCCUGAGUAGGUCUGCACUUGAGAGCAAGACUGGUUUUCCAGAGAGUACACGUGCGAUCGCAGUUGUUGAUUUACUGGAGCAAUUAAUCAAACAAGG